AUGCUUCGACGCUCACUUCGCCGAACCUUGACACGCACCCGGCCUCGCAUACUGUGCCUCGCCUCACCAUGUCAUAAAUACCUCCCCGUGGCGCGGUGUCCGCGGCGUGCAAAACCCUUCACCUCCAGCACCAUCCAUCGGCAACACGAACACAAUGCCUUCCCAGCAAUAGGAGACACCAUCUACGCCUUGUCCACAGCCCACGGCCGCGCAGGCAUUGCCGUGAUACGAAUCUCCGGGCCCUCAUCCCUACAAAUAUACCACGGCUUAUGUCCAGACAAGCCACCGCCAAAACCUAGACGUGCCACCAUCCGCACCCUCACUGACCCGACUCCCAGCGUUGAGCCCAACAUCUUGGACUCAGAGGCCCUACUCCUCUAUUUUCCCUCCCCCAAAACAGUCACCGGCGAGGACGUCCUCGAGCUGCACGUCCACGGCGGUCCCGCCACAGUGAAAGCCGUGCUGGCAGCGAUCCCAAAAUGCCAAACCAGCACACGCGUCCGGUACGCCGAACCAGGCGAGUUCACCAAACGCGCCUUCAUCCAUGAUAGGCUUGAUCUCGCGCAGAUAGAAUCACUAAGCGACACCUUGGACGCGGAAACCGAGCAGCAGCGUAGGGCGGCAGUCAGAGGCAACUCUGGCGCAUUGGGACGGACGUAUGAAGAUUGGCGGCACCAACUGCUCUACGCGCGGGGUGAGAUUGAAGCUCUCAUCGACUUCUCCGAGGAUCAACACUUUGACGAAUCACAAUCCGAGUUGCUGGAGAAUGUGGCCAGACAGGUAGCUAGGAUAUUGCACUCCAUCGACCUCCAUGAGCUUGGAAGCCAGCGGAGUGAACUACUUCGAAAUGGAAUCCGAAUCGCACUCGUGGGUCCGCCAAAUGUAGGUAAAAGCUCACUGAUGAACAUCAUUGUCGGCCGGGAGGCGUCAAUCGUGUCAGGGGAAGCGGGAACGACGCGAGACAUUGUGGAGGCGAGUCUCGACAUUCGAGGAUUCUUAUGCUCCUUUGCCGACACAGCAGGGUUCAGGUCCAUGGGUGAGAAUGACACAGAAGUCAUUGGCGCGGUGGAAGAAGAGGGCAUUCGCCGGGCAAGGAAAAAGGCACAAGAAUCAGAUAUUGUGGUUGUUCUGGCGUCUGUGGAAUCAGGACCAUCUGGGCCGUUCAUUCACUUUGACAAGGAGACGCUUGCUCUUGCGUCUGAAGCGCAGUCCUCUCUCGUCGUUGUCAAUAAACGAGAUGCCGUUGACGAGGAUACAUUUGCCCAUUUACUACAAGCUUUCUGGCAAGACAUCCGGGAGAAACACCCGGCACUGCCCAGUGAACCCAUCUGCAUUUCCUGCAAAGAAGAUGCGUCUACGACUACAGAAGGCGGUGUUCAGGGCGUAAUCAACGGGUUGGUGUCGUCGUUUUCUCAAAUGACAGACAUGCCGCCAGAUAUGCGGGACUUGUUGGGCGUUACCGAACGACAACGCCAGUUACUCGUCAAGUGUCGCGGCCAUUUAGAAGAGUUUAUGAACGAGGCGCAGCCGCAAGAGGACGGGGUAGACGCGGAUAUUGUGCUGGCGGCAGAGUAUCUGCGGUAUGCGGCGGAUUGUCUGGCGCGGAUUACGGGGAAAGGCGAGGCGGGGGAUGUAGAGGAUGUGUUGGGUGUGGUGUUUGAAAAGUUUUGUGUGGGCAAGUAA